AUGCGUCAUAUCGCUGCUUACCUCCUCCUUCAAGUCGGCGGCAACGCCUCUCCCUCUGCCGCUGACGUCAAGAAGGUUCUUGGCGCCGUUGGUAUUGAGGCAGACGACGAGCGCCUCGACAAGCUCAUCUCUGAGCUUGAGGGCAAGGAUGUCGCUGCUCUUAUCUCUGAGGGCUCCUCUAAGCUGGCAUCCGUCCCUUCGGGCGGUGCUAUUGCUGUUGCUUCGGGCGGUGCUGCCGCUGCCGGUGCGCCUGCUGCUGCCGAGGAGAAGAAGGAGGAAAAGAAGGAAGAAGAAAAGGAAGAAUCCGACGACGAUAUGGGCUUCGGUCUGUUCGAUUAA